UUAUCCAUAAAAUUAGCCAACGUUAGCGUGUCCGAGGCUCAUUUCUACAUAACGGCCCAUCACAUUAUUGUUUUAUCGCUAACGUUAGUCUACUUCAGUUAGCAAACUGGCUAGCUUGUAAAGUCAAGGACAGUUGAGCGAGUUAACGCCUUUCAGUCGUUUACCUAUUGAUAGUUGGCUAGCUACUUACGAUUAAAGUUCGCUGUUAUCUUCCGUUGCCGUGUGGGGAAUCUUGCUGAACGGGGAUGUUCCUCACGUUGUUGCGGCUCGGGAAGGGGAUCCCGGGGAAGCAGUGGAUCGGGAAGCACCGCCGGCCGAGAGUCGUCACCUGGCAGAUGAAGCGCAACGUGCUAGUGCGGCUGGAGAGGGAAGCGGAGAACGAGUACUGGCUGAGCCGCCCAUACAUGACGCCGGAGCAGGAGCACGGGCACUCCGCCGAGCGCAGGCGACACCGGUACCUGGACUUGAAGGCCGCCAAAACCGCAAACUUUCCCGAGCACAAAUACCUCGCGGACCACCUUAGCCACCUCAACGUCACCAAGAACUGGUCAAGUUAACGGAAAAACACCUGAAGAAAUGAGCACGGGGACAUCAGUGGCGUUGCAUAGAUUGAUUAAAAUGUUACAUGGCAGGAAUUCGCUGAAUUUUGCAUCUAACAGGUGUGGUCAGACAUGCAGAUCUCGUUUUGAACUGAAGGCACACUGCGUCUUAGACCUUUGACCAUGUCAAAUUCCAGAUGUCACUUUCAAACAUAUUGAAAUUUUCAGUGAAAGUGAUAAAGCAUGUAUUUAUGGUAUAUUGCAAAUAAUGUAUGCAUCGUCAUCUUAAAUAAAAGUUGUGGUUAAUAGGA